CCUAUUUCUUUUUCUUCCUCGUCCUUUCCUUCCCCACUCCCCCAGCCUCUCUCUCUCUCUCUCUCUGUCUGUCUCUCCGGAUCGUCCCCUUUUCGGAGUAACGUCCUCCGGGAGUAGUGAGUGUGACGCGGGCUCCGUUCUGUGACGGGAGGGUGGCCAACAUCGAACGUGCCGGAUCGUACUCGUGCUCUCAAGUGGCUUGUGUGUAUAUACAUUGAAGAUCAUUCUCUCCUUCGUGAAGAUUUUUCUUUGAGGAAAAUACGGACUUAAAACAAAGAAAAAGAAGUAAAGAAAAAACGUAGGUAGAAGAAAAAAAAGAAAAAGUGGAAGUGAGGUGAGAGAGAAGGAAAGGAUAAAUAGAAGACAGCGAAGAUCGGCGGCCGUAAACACGCAUGAGGGUCUCAUGGCUACCGGAUUGGUGAAGUGGUGGCGAGCAAGGUUCCUUGCGGGCUACAAACCUUUUUCUGUCGUUGGUGGGAAUACCGAAGGUAGCGAUUCGGAAGAACUUUUAGGGAGCGUCGCGACGCCUUGCACUGGUUCCCCCCCGCUACCAGCGGAAUCGCCACAAGUCACGGUCGAUGGAACCGCCAGUCCGGCACCGCCAGCUCCAGGAAACGAUGAACGACCUACCAGCAGUACGACGAAACAGCUCAGUUUUGAGGAAUUCGAGUGCGACGUCUCGGUUGCCGAAGGUGAUCGAAGAAGACAAGAGUUUUCAUUUACACUCUAUGAUUUUGAUGGGCAUGGAAAGAUAACGAAGGACGAUAUAGCCGGUCUGGUUACUACCAUUUAUGACACUCUUGGAGCGUCCAUCCAAGUGCCACCGUGUGGCAGUAAAACGAUUAAGGUCAAGCUGACUGUAUCGCCUGAUCAACGUGCCGGACAAACGCGUACCACCACCUGCCCGAAUUCUCAGCAAGGGCCAACUACUACGACCACUACGACUACGACAACAACUACAAGCCUACCAGCUAAUUCCCCUUGCUGUCACGUGAAGCAUGCGGCCUCCUGUACCGGUGGUAAUCAUCAUCAUCACUCGACGACAACUCAAACGCAUGCCACUCAUGGCUCGCGCAAAGUUCCUAGAAGGAGAAGACCCACUCGGCAUCGAUGUCAGACGCAACAAAGAGAAGCAGAGACGCACAGCGAGGACGACGCCGAAAACACGCGAAGCAGCCGCGUGAAACAGGAAGAACUCCGUAGGAGGGUCGGCCCGGUUCCUCAUUUACCAUCGCCUUAUUCGAACAGUUCUGAGGGUGAUGUCAGCGACGACAGCGAUACUUCGCCCGCUUUUUCUCCCUUCACACCCUUACUAACCACGAAUCAACGAAAACGUAGUGGAGCACUCCAAAGGCAACAGCUGUUAGAGAUUAUACAGGCUAACAUGGAAAAGAACAAUCUCAGUUUUCAUACACCGAGGAAACGACAUCAAAACGAACAUGUACGCGUUCCAUCUCGAAGUCCUCACAUCGAGCCAACGAGCGUGCCAACAUCGAACUACAACCAAAACGGUCGACCACCCUCGGAGUCCCGACAAUCGACGAUGAAUUAUCACAAACCGGUACGGGAAAAUUCCCAUCACACGGUCGGAUUUUCGAAAUUACCAAUGAAAACCCGUGGAAAUUUGAAAAAGACGCGGGAACCGCAUAGUGGUAUUCAACAGCAACAGCAUCAGCAGCAACAGCAGCAUCAGCAGCAACAGCAACAACAUAACCACCAUCACCACCAACAGCAGCAACAACAACGUAACGUAACAGCAAUGCCAACGGGAAUAUCAACAGCGGCACCAACGACGACCACGACGACGACAACGACAACAACCCAAUCGUCGAAAUCAGGUCAUCUUCAACAACAGCAGGGUCAACAACAGAUCUCAACUCGCAACAUAAUCGGUCCAACGAUAAACAACGAAAGUCAACAUUUGUUAGGCAAUCGGAACAUCGUCAAUCUCAUUCCAAAUAACAAUCAACAAAACCAGAUCAAUCAGAGCUCGAUUAUAAAUAACCAUAACAUCCAGAGGCAAACGGAGGGACAAUAUGUUCAUCAGUCCCAAUCGCAGUGCGGUAAAGCUAGCAAGAAACAUCAAUUGAAACACGCGACCAGGGAACAAGAUCAAGCAAGGGCCAUGGCCCAAGUCGUUCGCUGGCUCGAACGUGAAUUUUCUCAAAACGCAGUCGCUGCUACUACUGGUCGGAGACAUGUUCACGAGCACAUUCAUCAUCAUUAUCAUCACUAUCAUGCCGAAGCUCUCGUUUGAUCAUCUUUUACCAAGGAAACGUCAAAUUCAUCUAAAAAUGCAUCUAAUUCAACUUUCUCCUUAUUUAUAUUCAGUCAAAUAACACAAGAUAAAGAAAAAAUGGUGACGCGUAAUUUAACGAUAAGAAAGAACAAUGUCAAUAUAACCGUAUUUUCUCUCUCUCUCUCUUCCUAUUUCUACAAAAUAGUUUUGUUUUUGUAGAGGACACAACUGUUGUUUCUUCUUCUCCGAGAGAGAAAGACUCUGACUGCUGAAUACGAUACUCGUGAUCUUUGAUCAUACUAGAGAUUUUGUAGAUACUUAAAUCUUAAUGAACAAUUAAUUUAGACCGUCAUGUUGUACUUUGACGGAAAAUAAAAUAUUUUUUUUCCCCCGACGAUGAAAUUAUGUUCGACGAAAAGUAAAAAUCGUCAAUGAAUAAAUGUUUAAUGGAAUAGGGGUUGUGUAAAGGGGCAAAAAUAAAAUAUUCUAAUUAAUACGAUCAACAAUAAUACCGAAACUAACUCCGAACAGAGUAUUAUUAUAAUGAAUUGUUCACGAUACUCAAUGUCCGAAUUGAAUUAAAUUAAAUUAAAUUACAUUAAGUUAAGUUAAGUUAAGUUAAUUUAUAUUAGAAUAAAUUAAAUUAAAUUAACGAAUAGCUGACAACAAAAUAUCAAGUAUAUGCUAUGGGACCCGAUUUUUAAAAUGGUGCUGUUUUUUUUACAGAUUUCAAUGAAACGUCGUUCAGUAUUAUUAAUUGGCCUACAAUUAAUAAUGAUAAUGACAAAUGGGAGCCUAUUUUAUAACGUUCAAAAUCAAUCAUGAUGUUAAAUCUAUAUCAGUGUAUAUAAUUCAUUUGCUGUUUUUAUACAAGUCAAAAAUACGCUUAUGCAUUCGAAAACAUGAAAUCACUGCGCUAUAGUUUCUAUUGUCAUUUUUUUUAAUUUUUUAUGCACUAAAAAAUCAGGAGAAUACCAAGGACGCGGAAUCGAAUCGUGUUUGUAACUCUUUGAAAAUAAUAAUAAUAAUAAUGAUAAUAAUAAUAAUAAUAAUGAACAAUUGAUCGAACGAAUACGCUUUGUAUAAUAAUUAAUAAUCAAAUCAAUUGAUUUUGUGUAAAUAAAUGAAUGUUACCUUUUAAAAAAGAAAUUAAGAAAGGUAAAAGAAAAGAACAAAAAUUGGGUAUUUUUCUGCGCAG